AUGCAGCUACUGCUUCACCCUAACUUCAAGAAUCCAGACGGAGCGCUAAAAAAGGUGAUUCUAAUGUCUAAUUUGCAAGCCGGCGCGUCGCAACAGGUGCCAGAUCGCCACUUCAUUAAGGUUCGCCGUAAGAUCAUCGAUGGUGUCCGCAGAAUUAUGGAGGCAGUGUACACUCAGCCAACAUCUCCCGGAAUCGUUGCUCCGUCUCCAGUAGCAUUGUUUUCAGAGGAUCUCGUGGAGUUAUUUGCAGAAACGGCAAAUGAGGUGGCACCACCGUCUGUCGACACACAUACGGCAAUGCGCGAGCACCGCAUUGACGAAGAGCUCGACCGUUGGCUUUCGACCCCUACUUCGCUGAAAGUAAUAAGUCCCGGUGAGUUUGAGCCCAUCCUGAGCUUUUGGAAGCGUCAACAUGACCAAGGCAAUUUCCGGCUUCUGUCUCUUGUUGCGCGCGUCCUGUUCUCAAUGCCCUCUUCGUCGGCACAAAUUCGGCCAGUGGAUCCCAGAGUAGGAGUAUACGUCGGACAACGCGAGCAAGCCCCAAAAAACGAUGAAUCUUGA